GGCUCCACUGGCGUGCACCCGUUCUCGUUGGCUGUCGCCCCCUUACUUUUUUUUCCCGACCAGCGCCGUGGUUGCAGCCACUCGACUUGAGCCAGUCCGCGUUCCUCCUGCGAUCCACUCUGCUACUUUUUCGCACAGUCCAUCCAUUCCACUUUCUUCCAAUCAUGCCCAUGCCCGGCUUGCUGUUCUCGGCGAUUAGUUACGAUACCGGGAGAGAUAGACUAACAACGCGUCUGCCCGCCAUAUCACCACCCACCGUCCAUCCUCCUGCCGCUUUAGCAUCUAGCAACAACCACAGCCCGGUUUCUGUCUCUUUCCAUGAGCUUGUUUGGGGGUUCAGCGCUGCCUUGAUCCUAGCCCGAUGGCUUGUUGUGGUUCCAGAAGGCGUGCGACCAAACAUCUGCUGUGUUAAGUGUGGUCCCCAUGCAGGAUCAGUGAAAGAGGAUGAAGGAUUGAUGGGUCAAGAUGGGUCAACAACGGAUGGGAGCGAGAAAAAAAAAUUUUUGGAAAGGGUUUCAAGCCCCGGUCGCGUCAUGGGGUCGAUCGAGCUGGACGCGUCUUCCUGUCCUUCUCAUUUGGCGUUGCCUGCCGCCCGUCGACAAGCCAGCCUGCCUUUUAAUCUUACCCCGGAUCUCAGACCAUCAGCUUCGAUCCACCAGCUCGAUCGGUAUUCGGUCAACUUGCAGCCUUUGAUGCACUGGUCACUUUUUAUCCCUCCAUCUUAAUCUCAAACUCGACCAGUGUUGGCGCUGUACCGAGUUCUCAAGCUUAGCAUUCAACCUCUUGACUCGCAUUCGCUAUGCUGCAUGCCUUCCGUUGCUGACCCGGCCUACGUAAUUCGGACAAGUGUCCUUUUCAACGGCUUUUGGUUUCGGACUCGGAAUGGUUCGCAUUAGGCUUCAUAGCUAGAUACUGCUCGAGUUCAAUGUAUACGGCAAGGAAUAUGGAUGGAAAAAAAGAAGCAGAUGCGGCGGUAACUUGCAACGAGUCACUGCUAAGAUAAAGUACAUAAGUUAAACCACAUGACCUGAAAGACGCGUUGUGCCAUAUCCAGAUUCCAGAGUGCUGUGUAUCAUGAUGCUUCUUUAUUUAUUCUGU